GCGUUGGGUGCAGAGACCGCGCAUGCGCGUGGCGACGAGAGUCCUCUGACAACAACCAUGGCAGCCAACGGGACGCUGUACACAUACCCAGAAAACUUCAGGGCCUUCAAGGUCCUGAUUUCUGCACAGUUCAGUGGGGCCAAAGUCACUGUUGAUAGCAACUUUGUCUUUGGUGAAACCAACAAAUCUGAGGCCUUUCUGAAGAAGUUCCCUCUUGGCAAGGUGCCUGCCUUUGAGACUAGUGAUGGCAAGUACAUCUUUGAGAGCAAUGCCAUUUCCUGGGCUGUUGCAAAUGAACAACUUCGUGGCAAGUCUGCCAUGGACCAAGCGCAGGUUGUGGCAUGGAUGAACUUCGCUGAUAAUGAAAUUUUGCCUGCAUCUUGUACAUGGGUAUUCCCAUGCUUAGGCAUCAUGCAGUUUAACAAGGGUAACACCGAACGUGCCAAGGAAGAUGUUAAAAAAGCACUAGGUGCACUGAAUGCUCAUCUUCUUACUCGCACAUUCUUGGUAGGAGAACGCAUAUCUUUGGCUGACAUCUCCGUCUGCUGCACCUUGCUGCAUCUCUAUCAGUAUGCCUUGGAACCAGCCUUCCGUAAGCCCUUCCAGAAUGUGAAUCGUUGGUUCACAACAAUGAUUAACCAACCUCAGGUAAAAACAGUAAUUGGCGAUUUCAAGCUCUGCGAGAAGAUGGCCCAGUUUGAUAACAAGAAAUUUGCAGAAGUUCAAGGCAAGAUGAAGCAAGGUAGUGGCGAUAAGGAGAAGAAGGCCAAGAAGGAACAGCCAAAGAAAGAGCAGCCCAAGAAGGAAAAAGAGGUUGCAGCAGUAACAGCAUCAGAACCUCCUGCCCCUAAGCCUAAAGAUCCUCUAGAUGCCCUUCCAGCUGGGUUGAAUGAGAGUAGUGCCCAGCUUGGGGAUGGACAGCCCAGCCCAGAUGGAAGUGGGUUGACUCAAGCUUCCACUUUGGUUCCAUCAGUUCUAGAGAAGGUCUUAUUAAAGCAUAUUGAAAACAUUGUUAAUUUGGUAUAUUUUGAUGUAGAAACCACUGGUUUUGAAAGGGAUUGUGACAUCAUCCAGUUGUCAGCUGUGAUGGGAAACCUGCAAUUUAAUCAAUAUGUACAACCUAAUAAAUCUGUAGCCUGGCAGGCAGCAGAAAUAACUGGGUUAACAUACAAAUUAGGAUCAUUAUAUCAUCAUAAUAAGAAAGUUGAAGCUGUAAAUCCAGAAAAAGCAUUGCAGCUGUUUAUCAGCUGGCUUGAACCAUUAGCACCAGUUACUCUGGUAGCACACAAUUGUUAUCGUUUUGAUGCUCGUAAACUUUUGAAUAUUUUCAAGAAAUUCAGGCUAGAAAAUACUUUGGCAGAACUAGUAGUAGGCUUUGUAGACACACUUCCCUUGUUCAGAAAAAUGUACCCAAGCCUUGAAAAUCACAAGCAAGAAACCUUAGUGAGAGUACUUCUCAAGGAGUCUUAUGAUGCACAUAAUGCUCUAGCUGAUGUCCAAGCUUUGCAAAAAUUGGUAGCCAAACUUAAGGAGAGUUUGCAAGUUAAUCUGAAUGAUUUUUCAUUUACAUACCAGUCAUUUGUCGAGUUAAUGGAAUAUGAAGAGAAGGGAAGAAUGAACUCAACGACGUUGGCUCCACUAGUAGCAUCAGAUCAUUUGUCCAGUAAUAUGGCUGAAACCAUUGGUAAAUCAGGAUUGGCCUUCAGUAAUUUGAAGGAUGCAUUUUCCACUGGGGGUAGGGAAUUGUUGAAAGAAAUAUUAAGCCAACCAAAUCAAUAUGGGAAACCUAGAGUUACGAAAAGCCAAAGUGUAAUAGAUAAAAUAUAUAAUUUCUUCUCUAAUACAGUUGCAGACUUGCCAACUAGUUAAGUACAACAGUUGCAAGAGUAUAUAUAUACUCUUAUACAAAUCAAUACUCGUGUGUAUAUACAAGAGUAUUAUACUGUUGUAUUAACAGUAUAAUAAUGUAAAUAGGAUUAUUUAAUUAAAAUCUACUUUAUAUUUUAUUUACGGUAGUAAAUAUUUGUGAAGUUAAUUGAUUAUUGUACUGUGUAUUACCUAUUUGCUGGGGUUACAAUAUACAGGGUACUUUAUACUUCUAGACAAAAGUUCUUUUGAGAGUUAGUGCUGUGUUACCUGGUUACUGUUAGCUGUGCAUGCAAUCUCAAAAGUUUUAAAUUUAACAAAACUUUGCAGAAUAACCAAACAUGAAAUAAUAAAUGUGGUUAUUCUGCAUUUAAAUAGAUCAGCAAUUAUUCUUUGUUGCUCAAGAAAAGUUUGAUUGUUAAUUACUAGGUAACUAGUUUUAGUUUUUGUUUGUAUUUACUCUGGUGAUGCCCAAGCUAGUUUAGAAUUAUUGUAUUUUAAUUUGUGUGGGAAAAUACUUAAUUCCAGCUUGUUGAUGUGUUUUAGAUAUGGGAAUUGGAUUUACACAUUAAGGGUGUCGAGCUAUGUUUUUUCAAAUUUUUUUCAACACCAUAAGCAAUUACUUGGCUACAGUUUUCAAGAGCUUUAUUUGAAAGAAAUUGGACUUUAUUUUUUAAGACUAAUAUUGGUGGGGGGAAAAAAACACACAACUUCAAUGCUGCCAGUAGUGUGUUUUCGUUUAUGAACAUUAAACCUAAUCAGAUAAAUUAUGCAAGUUGAUGGAAAGCAUUUACAAAGUAGUUAUGCAAUUAAAAUUUAUAUUGUUGAUUUAUGUCAUUAUUUUUGGCAGAAAAUUUCAAGUUUCAAAACUAUUUUGAUGUUUCAUACAACAAAUCAACAGGCUUUUAAAGUUUUCAAAUUAAAAUACUGGAAAAUUAUAUUAUACUGUACUGCAAUAUAUUUUCAAUUUAUUUUUAUUAUAAAACUUAAUAUUUUAGGAGGGGUUAUAUACAGCUUUUUGUCUUCCCAAUGAUGCCAAACAAAGUGAUAUUUGUUUAUACUAUUUUCUAUUAUUUUUUUUAACAUGUCAGAGUAAACCUACUUAUGUUCUGAAUGCUAAAUGCCAUACAAGAAUAUAAAUCUUAAAACAUUUAAGAGGAAACAUUUCUUGACAUACUUAGUGAUGAUCAGUAAGUAGUGACACUAUUUUGAUAAGAUGUGUACCUUGGUAAUAUUUUUAAGAAAAGUGAUAUUUAAACAACCCUUAGACCGUUCAAUACAUACAUAAAUGAUUCAACUUAAAAUAACUUAACAUAAGUUUUUAAAACUUGCACAAACACUUUCCAAUUUUUUUGGGCAUAAUCAACUAGGCAAAUGCUCCAACUUUGUCUAAAUGAUCACAGCGUAACUUGAAAAACAAAGAGAAUCAAAAUAAAUUUUAAAAUUGAAUACGUAUUGAAAACUUCAGAUUUACAAUUCAGAUUAAAAAAUAUGAACUCUCACCAAUUGUUCAUUUAAUAUUGUUAUUCUCUCAGAAUAGCAUAAGACCUUCAUUUUCAUCAAAUUAGAAUAUAGGAUUUCAGUAUAGUUUACUGUUAAAAAAAAAUCGUCAAAAGGGCAUUUGAAACAUGCGGCAAAAAGUCCCAAGUUUUGCGAGUUGACCGAUUUAUUUGUCGACCAAUUUCAUUCUAUCUUCACAUAGUUAGGAAAACAUGUAUUCUCUAGGAAUGGAAAGGUUACACCAAAAUCAGAUAAAAAACGAACGAGAAAAAAGCUAAAAUCUUGCAAAAAAAAUUUUCCUAAAAAAAUAUUUUUGGAACAUUGAUGAAAAUAACAUAUAUUAACAUUGGACAGUGUAUUUAUAUGAUAUAUUACAAAAUAGAGCAUAUUAACAUAGUUUUUUAUUAUUAUUUGUGUUAUUAUGUAUUGCUCGGCAAUGAUACAAAGGCACCAACUACAUAUCCACUUGUCGACACUUCUUACUAUUCUUCUUCUUUGAGCAUUGGAAUCCUUCAGUUCCAGUUAUUAGGAACUGUUCUCCUUAUCAACAAAACGUUCUUAUUUUUUAACAAUUCGUCUAAAAUCUAUUUCUGAAAAUAUUUUGAUGAAAGUUUCAAGACACUGAAGCCAAUAAGGAGAUUUGUUUAAAAUUUUUAAUUUUUUUUACAUAAUUUGAAUAUUUUUUGCUAAUGUAGCCCCAAUAUGCACGGUCUAAGGGUUAAUAAGCACAUUUGCUGUAGAACUCCAUGCUCUGUGAUGCCAGAAAAUGUUCCAAUUGGUCUGUUUCAAUUUUUUCUUUAAGUUUGGCACAAGCCAUUAUGCUUUCUCUUAUUAUAUACAUGUUAACUAAAAUAGUAAAAGAAUGUUUACUAUCCCUUUACUAUUUUCUUUUACUAUUUUUUUUAUUCGUGCAAUGAAUGUUUUUGAAACAUGCCAUAUUUAUAAAUUUCCAUCAUAACCUUAAUAGAAGCUAGCUUUUAUAUUCAAAUUAUGUUGUGAUUUAAAUAAAUUACUAUUGGCCUUAGGUCAGUAUCUCUGCAUAUGAUGUCUA